AUGUGGCAGCUCUUGAUGCGAGAGCUCCCCGUCAUCGAAAGCCACCACACAACACACCAGCAUCCCACAGGCCUCUUGCCGCAUGCCCUUGUGACAGCAUCCCCUGCAGAUUCUCUUAUUCCCAGCCCAGCCGCUAGCGGCAGAACCGCGAACGCCUCCACGGCUGCCGCUGCGCUAACGGCGCCUUUGAUCCCCUUUGAAUAUCCAAGAGUCCCGUCGACGCAGCAGCAGCAGCAACAGCAGCAGCAGCAACAGCAGCAGCAGCAACAGCAGCAGCAGCAGCAGCAGCAGCAGCAACAGCAGCAAAUGCCUCUUUCGCUGCUUUCUGGGGCUUCCAGUACACCGGGGCUGCUGGCGUCUCAGCAGCAGCCAGCAGCUGCUGCUGCACCCGCCAUUACUGUAGACAACAAGUCGCAACAUGUUGGCAACAAUCACGCUGCUGCAAGUGCAUUGCAGACGCCAGUACGGCAGCAUUUGCAGCAGCAGCAGCCACUGUCUACCACUGGAGAGCUCCACGAGGAUGCCUCCGUUGCGGCAGCCUCCGCUAUUGCCUUGGAGCCGACUCGCAUCCGUGACUUCGCCGCUGCCUCAACAGGACAGGCUGUAGCCGAGAUCCCCUCCAUUGAUCGCACUUUCCUUCCGCCUUUCCGCGAGAAGAUGCACACGCAGGUGGAUCGAGAGGCUCCUGUGGUUGCAGAAACUGCGGGGGCGACUUCGAGUGCAGACGCGGAAGACACCAGCGCUGGUGCUGCUGCAAGACUGGAGAGCUGGCAGGAAGCAGCGGCAGGCACAGCAUCGCGGAAGGCGUGGGAAGCCUUUGCUUUCUUAGGGUCUUCUGAAGGGAAUGUGAGGAAAGAGAGGGGGAAAGACGAGAGUGUGGCUGAAGCGGCAGCCGAGGCAACCGAGUAUCGGAGGCGUGUGCGUGGCGAAGAAAAGGAAGCCGUUGGAUUCGAAAGGGAGGCACACGAAAUGCACACGUCUUCUUCUUCCAAAGAGGCUGAGGUAGCCGCGGCAGACAGCAGCGCCGAUCCGGCUGUUUCAAGGCCUCUUGCAGAUGCUAGCUCAGCAGCACUGACGCAAAGGACGCUGCCAGAAGGUAGGGAUCGAGAAGAGGUGGGGAGAGACACGGAGGAGGAGGCAGAGGCGAGCUUUCAGGGAGCCGAGGCUUCUCUCGUCGGAACUGACGAGGAGCACUCUGUUCGGCAUUCCGCAGAUGGCCGUGUUGAAGGCAGUGGAGAAGAACGUGCAACUGCUUCAAAAGAAAACAGCCUUUCCGCUGCCGAUACUCCUGAAGAAAAACAGCAGCAGCAGCAGGCGACGCGGCAGGCAGGGGCAAGCGCAGAGAGAAUCCACAGAGAGGCGACCUCUGCUGCUGCUGCAUAUGCCUCUCCCGUAGUGGCUCCCGUUGUUGCUGCCCCCAUCGUUAAGGCCUCUGCUGCCGCUGCUGCGUUUUCACCUCCAGACAUCUCUGGAGCUGUUGCUGCUCCCCUCUCUGCUGCUGCUGAUACCUUUCCUGCCAGUCGUGCCGAGACACCCGCAACUGCAGCACAGUCAGCAGCAGCAGCGGAUGCAGCAGCACCAACAAUGCACUACUACAGCACUAUACCAAUUCCUAGAAAGUCCCACGUAGAGGCACAUACACCCCAAGAAACGGAUCUUUUCGGAGAGCAGGCAGAUGGAGGUACGAUGGCUGUUGUCAGUCGGCUUGCUGCCUCUGCGUGGCAAGCCCAGAAAACAAGCAUGCUGAAGGCCUUUCUGGAGCCCCUGCUUGCGAUUGUGUGCCCCUUUCUUGUGGCGUUCAUGGGUUUCUUGUUCAAGGCCUGCAAAAGGUGCCCUGCCGCUAAUUUGCUAGAACCUUGUCCUGGUUCAACCUAUUCGGUGUCUGCCUUUUUCUUGUGCUUGAGCUGUAUCGCUGCAACUGCCCCCUAUGCGCCUCACAGACUUUCCCUUUCUUACUGCCCUUCCACCCAAAAACAGAAAUAUGCUCCUGAUAAACCCCCUUCUGUUUUUACUCUACGCCGCCGUAUUCAUUUGGGACUGAAUAGUAGUCUGCCAACGAGCUCUCAUGAAGCCGCAUCAACCCCUGUAUCUACCCCUACAUCUACCCCUCUUUAA